AUGAAGCUCUCGCCAUGGCCAUAUCAUCUCAGCCCCAAGGUCCCCAAGCGACCUUCAUGUCACAUACAUCUUGAUUUACUGCAACGAAUCUCCAUUGCGUGCAAUUUCUCCGCGUCCACCGCUCGCCCAUACCGCACUCUCGACGCUCUCCAACAUGUCGAUGUCGGUACCUUCCGCGCGCAAUACUUCAUUCCUGAACAGCCAGUAGUUCUCCCACGCGGCCAAUUUCGCAGUCUCUCUGCGGCGAAGCAUUGGUUCCAGAGCGACCAGAGCAGCAGCGUUGCUCGUUUAAAUGUGGAAUACCUCCAAACCCUUGCCGGAGACGCGUUUGUCCCGCUGGAGCUGACGGAGUUAGCAAAUCGGGAUUCUGUGGAAAAGCCCACGCCAAAUGACAUCGCGGCGCAUCAGGAUGUCGGAACUGAUGUGUUGAGCUUUCGUCAAUUUCAUGCACCGUUGACACUCUUUCUUGAGUGGAUGCGCAAGGCCGAAACUUCUUCGCAAGCAGCACGCUUAUAUCUUGCGCAAUGCCAGCUCCUUGAUCUCCCCCAGGUUAUACGAGAUGAUUUCCCGACACCGGAGCUUGUUUUAAAGGCUGGAAAGGGUGAUGUGUAUGACACGAAUGUGUGGAUUGGACACGCACCCACCUACACUCCCCUUCACCGCGAUCCCAACCCAAACCUGUUCGUCCAACUAGCUGGUCAGAAGAUAGUCAGGCUGUGUUCUCCCUUGGAUGGACAAGCUUUAUUUUCCAAGGUGCGGCGACAGAUGGGACAAAGUGGAAACAGAGAGGCUGCGGCAUUUCGAGGUGAGGAGAUGAUGCAAGGACAGGAGCGCGCCUUAUUGGAUGAGAUGGUUUGGGGUCCUGCCGCUGCCUCUGGUCAGAAGGCUGAGACUAAAUACGAAGCACAUCUGGAGGCUGGAGAUGCUCUGUUCAUUCCGAAAGGAUGGUGGCAUAGUAUCAAGGGAGUUGGAGAGGGCGUCACGGCUUCUGUCAAUUGGUGGUUCCGAUAA